AGAGCCAAUAACAAGCCUCUAACACUAACCUGUAGCAUUCACCUUUAGCUGUCCACCUGUUAUCCAUGGGAAGUGAAGGGGGCAGACGUACAGUGGCUGAGAGGAAGGACUGCUAGUGCGAAAUGAGAUGAGGUUUUACCCCCUACGAGUUGGAUGUUUGUUGGUGAUCGUGUGUUUUCUGUCACUUUCUUGGAUAAAAUCAUUUCCGGAUGAUGGAGCAGAACUGCAGGUGCUGUACAAGAGACUGUUGGUGGCAGAAGAGCUGGGAGGAAAGGUCAGCAAGGACCUCAGCAUCAUCCUGGAGCAGCUGGGGAACAUGACACGCGCCGCUAACGUCAGCCACCUCUGGAGCAACAUGUCCAGCAGCAGCAACACCAUGGUAAAGCAUCUGAUGGAUGACCUGAGCAGACAGCCGCUGCCCCAGGCCAGCAUUCACUUCUACAUGCCUCACCUCAGGGAGCAUCCCAACAGCCUGGUGCCUAAUGUGGUGCUGGGGAAGGGACGCAGCGGAGUGAGCAUGGUGCUGGGCAUUCCCACGGUGAAGCGUGAGAAGCAGAGCUACCUGGUCAACACCCUCAGCUCCCUGCUGUCCGGCCUCACCUCCUCAGAAACGCAGGAUCUCCUCAUCAUCGUCUUUGUCGCUGAGACGGAACUACAGUAUGUGGAGGGCAUCGCACGCAGCCUGUCUGAGAAUUUUCCAAAGGAGGUGCAGUCUGGUUUACUGGAGGUGGUCUCCCCAUCGCAGCAUUACUACCCCGACUUCAACACCCUCAAAGAGACGUUUGGAGACUCCAAGGACAGAGUCAAAUGGCGAACUAAGCAGAAUUUGGACUACAGCUUCCUCAUGCUGUACGCUCAGGACAAAGGAACUUACUAUGUUCAGUUGGAAGACGACGUCUUUGCAAAGAGCGGUUACUAUAGCGACAUGAAGGCAUUCGCCACGCUGGCGUCUUCUAACGAAUGGCUCUACCUGGAAUUCUCCCAGCUUGGGUUCAUAGGUAAGAUGUUUAAGACCAGAGACCUCCCGAUGAUAGCCGAGUUCUUCCUCAUGUUCCACAAAGACAAGCCCAUCGACUGGUUGCUGGAUCACAUUCUGUGGGUGAAGGUUUGCAACCCGGAGAAGGAUAACAAACACUGUGAUCUUCAGAAAGCAAUGAUGAGGAGGAGAUAUAAGCCCUCGCUCUUCCAGCAUGUUGGUCUUCAUUCCUCUUUGCCUGGAAAACUACAACAUCUGAAGGAUAAGGACUUUGGGAAGCAGAGUUUGUUUCAGGCUCACAGUAACCCAGCUGCUGCGGUGAACAGCAGCAUGAAACACUACCAGCAGCACAGCCUGGAGCGGCUUUACAAAGGAAGUGACUUCAUGUGGGCUUUGACGCCGGUCCAGGGCGACUACAUCCUCUUCAGCUUCUCUCGGCCCAUCCGCAUAGCUGGGUAUGUGUUUCGUAGUGGAAACAGCCAGGCAGUGGGGGAUAAAUUUCACAACACAACAGUGGAAGUCCUCUCCAGCUAUACAACGGCUGCAGAGAAGCUCCUGGAUGGCUCAUCGUCUAAAUACAAGCGGUCUGACAGCAACUUCGUUGUUAUUGGUGAAUUUUACAAUGGAGUGGCUGAAGGAGAAAUUGCUGAAGUUCUGCAGCCCAUCUCAGCUCUGCGCCUGGUGGUUCACUCCGACUCAGACGUCUGGGCUCUGCUGAGCGAGAUCCACAUCAAGGUAUGAAGACAAGGCGCGCCCUCUGCUGGACGAAGACUCUAACUACAGGGACAUUUUGAAGCAGCUCUGAAGCCUGACGAGCAGAUCGCCUGUUGGUGAUCUGAGAGGAGCUUCAGACGGAAAUCUGACUCAUGUUGAGUAACCAUGUGGAGGAAGAAGUACUCCCCCCACUGACGGGUUUACACCAACAUAACCUGUCACACAUGUUUUUGCACUAUGACAGAUUUUUAUUCUAUGAAAUAAACAUGUAUGAAAUAUCAAACUGCCUCACCAGGGUUCCCUUUCAUGUCUUUAGGCUUUUUCUAGACUUACUUUUGUUUACCAUGUUAAAAAUGACCUUUAGUGAACAAAAGGCCUGUGUUCAUAUAGACUAACUCCCCACAGAUCAGAUUUCCAGUCUGUUAGUGACCCAGAAAAUGUGCCAAACAAUGAGAAUCAACCUGAAGUCAUGCAUUUAAAGUAAGGGUGCUCAAAGUAGUGACCAGGGGCAAUUAGAAACCCCUGGAUCCUUUUUGUUUGUUUGUUUUCUUGCAGCCACGAGACCAUGAUUCAAGAUUAAAUCAUUUAAAAUCUACUUACAAACAAGUUAGACACAAACAGAAAAUAGAAGUUUAAAUCAUUGUAGAUCCAAAUCUUAACGAGGUUUUCACUUUAUUAAAAAUAGAUCAAGUUUGCAAAACAAAAAGUCUUUUCUGAGCCAUAAGAACAGUAUUUGGGUCACUCUGCUUUUAUAAAUACUUACUGUAUGUAGCCACUUUUAACAAAAGAAUUAAAAGCAGAUUUGAGUUAUCUAAAGUCAGUCGAUAAAUCUGAAUCUGUUUACUAUGAAAGAGAAAGCAAAAAACAUGGUUUUUAAAAGAUAUUUGUGUUGUACUUAACAUUUUUUGUUGUAAGCUUUUGUCAGUAAUACUUUGCUGUAAUUAAAGAAAAAUAGUCAAUCUG